CCAAUCGUCCCUGUGUUUACACAAAAUACUAGAGAAGGAUAUAGAGCAUAUGGAAAUAUAAGACCAAUGAGAUGGUUAUAUGAGCGAACACGGUGGUUCACUUUUCCGGUAUGUGGAAUGUUUCCAGUUAAACUUAUAACCCAUAUUGGAAAACCAAUUCCAUAUGAUCCAGAUAUAACUGCUGAACAAUUAGCUGAAAAAACUCAAAAGGCAAUAGAGGCUUUACGGGACAAACACCAGAAAAUCCCAGGAAGCAUAUUGCAUGCCAUUAGGCAACGCUUUGGGACAGCUAACAAAGAAAAACAGUGAUAUAACAACAAUAAUCUGUGUAGACAAUAUAUAUGUAUGCUUAGAUAAUAUAUGUGUAUGUGUGGUUUUCUGUUCCCCGAGGCACUUUUGUUAAAAAAAAAUGAAGAUGCAAGAUUGAGAUGGGGAAAAAUACAUGUUAAUUU